AUGUCGACAUCCGGAGCGGUGACUAGUUACUACGUCGAUUCCCUCAUUCUCCCCGAGAGCGAGGAGCUCUCCAUGCCGAGAUACCCCCCCGGUCCCGGGUACCCGCACGGUCGCCAGCACCCCACUUCCAUCAGCGAGCACGGCGAGCUCGGAACUUGCACCUUCCCGUCCAAAGCGCCCGUCUUCGGCCCAUCGUGGAGCCACGUCCCGGCGCAGUUCCCGGGCGCCGUCUCGUCGGUUUACCACCACCCGUACGGGCACCCGCAGGGGUCGGUCGGAGCCGAGUCGGAUCCCCGCUACCAGUCGUGGCUCCUGGAGCCCGUGUCGGGAUUACAAGCGUCCCACCAUUACGGAAUCAAACCCGAGGCCGGUGGUUCUCACGCGGCGUUGCUGCUCUCCGACUACGGCUCUGUACCUUCGGCCGGGGAGAAGGAGGCGCUGGCCGGCCGAGGAGCUGACCUGAACGGGGAGGCUGAAGACAAGCCUGGCCUGGAUCCGAAUAACCCCGUGUCCAACUGGCUCCACGCAAGCGCCACGAGAAAAAAGCGCUGUCCCUAUACCAAACACCAGAUCCUGGAACUGGAGAAAGAAUUCCUGUUUAACACCUACCUGACCAGGGACCGCAGGUACGAGGUGGCGAGGCUCUUGAACCUCACCGAAAGACAAGUUAAAAUCUGGUUCCAGAACCGCCGGAUGAAGAUGAAGAAGUUUAACAAAGAUGGCGCGUCUAAAGAUGAGUGA